ACAAUGCAAACCUAUAUGGUGUUAAGUGAAAAGCUUUAUUUAGCGCCGGUAAACAUCGGUGAAAAAAGCAGUCCAAAGUGAAAUUUACUCAAAAAAAAAUCAGUCGCCUACGCGAGCACGAUGCGCGGCGACGCGUCGUUCGCCGGCGGCGGAGAAGACGCCGCCGCCGACGUGGUUGUCCUGGAGAUCACCGACACGUCCUUCACCGGGGAAGCCGACACCUCGCCUCCGCCUCCCGUCGCCGUCUGUGACCUCGCCAGCCUAGAACCGCUCCCGUUCCCUACCAUCUCGGUUCGCGCCGACCGCACCAGGCUAAUCGAGAGCUCCUCCUACUUCCGCGCCCUCCUCGGCGGCAGCUUCAGUGAAUCGGGGAGAGAGCACGUGCAGAUCAGUUGCAACCUCGAGGCGGCCGUGCAAGUCCUGCUUUAUCUGUCUGAGCCUUCCGGGAGUAUCACGAUUACACACCACACCUUUCUCCCGCUAAUGGAGGGUGGUUUGUUUCUGGCUGUUGAGAAUCUUCUAACAGAGUGUGAAAGGUGGUUCCGAACCAUGAGCUCUCAAAAUUCCUCGCUAUUGGUCCCAUUAGAUUUCUUAAUUGAGAUAUGGUACUUUGGUCAAGAGCAUGGGAUUACUUAUGUCCAAGAUAUAUGCCCAAGAUAUUUAGCCCAGAAUUUUGUUCAGGUUAUCUCUAGGAGGUCGUUUGUUAAAAUGCCUUAUGAUUUGUUAUAUUCUACAAUCGAGUGCCCACAUCUGACUGUGGAUAGUGAAAAACAACUGUGUGAAGCAAUUUUAUGCUGGAUUUCUGAAAACAGGCAAUGCUGUGAAGAACUACUUCCCAACUCAGUAGAUGGCGAGUUGUACCUUCUUAAUAAGGUGAGGAUAUGCCUCUUACCUUUGGAAUUUGCAGCAGGAACAAAGAGAAACUGGGCAGAGUUCGGAAGCAAGGUAGAGAAUAGGCUUCUCAAUCUGCUCAAGGAUAGUGUGCAAACAGUAUUGAAUGCAAUUGCUGAUGAUGACUUGGCGAGUUAUUGUGUUCGAAUUACAGACUAUUCUAAGAAAAUAGUGCUUUCUGGAUGUCCACAAAUAACUACUGAAAUCUUGUACAUAUCAGUGCUCUCCACUAUUCUGGAUGCCUCAUUUAAGAUAAGGAUAGAAAGUUCAUGUUCCCAAGCUGAUUACCGAAAUAUCAUCCUUUACAAUGAGUUGGAGAAGGCUGUUAAAACCUCAUCAUUUGGAAAUGUACACAUGCUGGAUCUCUCAAAAUGUCCAAAUGUACAUUUUAGAGCUGCGAUUGACUGGUUGAAAUUGGCAUUUCCAGAACUGCAGAUAUUCAAAGCUUCCUUUUGUUUGCUAUUUCAGUUCGAAGAUUUGUUAUAUCUGUUACUGACAUGUCCAUGGAUUAAUGAAAUUGAUUUUACUAUUGAUACGGGCAUUAUAUCACAAAAGCAUUCAGUUAUCUCUUCCAGAUUUGAAGUACGAGGUGUAAUGAAGCCAAAGCUCACAAGAUGUUACGUACAAGAUCCAUCGUGUGAUACCACAAUGAACUCAUAUUUCUCAAAUAUAUCAAAAUUGAUAUUGGAAGGCAGAAAUGAUAUCAAUGAUGCCGACUUGCUGAAGAUAUCCAUUCUGAAAAACUCUCUUUGUUAUAUAAACAUUAAAAAUUGCACCCUAUUGACAGAUGACGGCAUAUCUAAAUUAUUACUUAAGUGUAUGAAGAUUCAUUCGAUGGUUCUUUCUUAUACUUCUUUUGGAAAUCAGUCAAUCCAAAUGCUAUGCACUACCAAUCCUCUGGACAGCAAGGAUGAAUGUAGUCAUGUAAUGGCAUUUGGCAUGCAAGAAUUGCACCUGGAUGGAUGCCAAGGUAUUGGUUAUGCUGCUAUGUCUCAGCUAAUGAGUAAUGUGAACACAAACCUCUUAUCUUUAAGGGAGACAUCACUUACCGAUGACACUCUCUGCAACUUUGUUGGCUCCUCACUUGAGUAUCUUGAUAUUUCUGAGACCAUGGUUUCUAUGGUAUCAUUAGCACCAGUUAUACGAAGAAGUUCUAAUUUGAGAUGUCUGAGAGCAGCUGGAUGCCGUAACCUGUUGGUUGAACAUGGUGAAGUAGAUUUAAUGAGUGGUAAUAUUUACGGAGAUUUUACACAAGAAAUAACCAGUAAUUGCUGCUUGGAGGAUGUUGAAAUGGGGUGGGCAUUUUGCCCUAUUCGAGUUACAGCCCUUAUCCCUUCUUUAAGUAAAGUAAGAAAAAUGACUAUUGGCCUCGGCACAACAUUAGGAGAGAAUAUAUUGUGUGCUCUUCCUGAGAUUUGCCCUUCCCUUGAGUCUUUGGUUCUUAGGUUUCAGAUGAUCUCUGACAAAGUUGUAAGAAAUCUGUUGGAAUCCUCAAUGAAGCUUCGGGUGCUUUGCCUUUACUCUUGUCUUGGCAAUUUAACUUCAUUUAGCUUUCAAACGAAGGCACCGGCUCUAAGAAUCUUAAGGCUUGAGCGGAUUACUCCAUGGAUGACAAAUGAUGACUUGGCAGUCCUUAUACAGAACUACAAUUUAGUUGAACUUUCACUGUCUGGUUGCCAACUCCUUGACUCCAGCUCUCAGGAGUUAAUAUCGUCUGGGUGGCCAAAUUUGACUUGUUUACACCUUGAGGAAUGUGGACAGAUAACGCUUGAUGGGGUUUCUUCAAUUUUAAACUGUAAAGCUUUGGAAGAUCUCUUACUUCGGCACACGGGUAAAGGUAUUGGAAGAACCAUCAUAACCGAUGCCAUCUCAGAGCUACCACUACUAAGAAAGCUGGCGUUGGAUCUCUGUGAUGCUUCUGAAGAAGGCUAUGAUAGCCCAAAUAACCCGGUGGGGAAGAUGAUUAGAGCCGUAAGGAUGAGUAGAUGCAAGUCGGCGAGGUCUUGUUUCGAUCUUCCCAGUGAAGGAUCCUCAAAACGAGUACACAAGGAGACCAUAGUGUUAGAAUGGAGCAGCAGACAGCUCAGAACCACCAUAGUGAAAGAAAGACUCUAAUACUCAGCCCAGCCCAAGGCCCAAAUCGCGAGGCCCACAGCGAAGAGAGCAUUACCUCCUCUCUCGCGCGGGGACGGCGGCGGCGCACACCACCCGCCGCCGGCCAUCCCCAUCUACGCGAAGGCGAGCCACACCGGGAUGGCCCACCUCGCCGCCUCUGCCGCCCCGCACUCGAACGCUGACCCCGGCGCCGCUGAGGAGGCCUCCCAGUCUCCGGCGCCGACGGAGACGGGGCGGAGGAAGGUGGUGGUGGUGAUGGGCGCGACCGGCGCAGGCAAGUCGCGGCUGGCCGUCGACCUCGCGGCCCACUUCGCCGGCGUCGAGGUGGUCAGCGCCGACUCCAUGCAGGUCUACCGCGGCCUCGACGUCCUCACCAACAAGAUCCCCCUCCACGAGCAGAACGGCGUUCCUCACCAUCUCCUUAGCGUAAUCGACUCCUCCGUGGAGUUCACUUGCCGCGAUUUCCGUGACCAUGCUGUCCCGAUCAUAGAAGGAAUUUUUGAUCGUGGUGGCCUCCCUGUUAUUGUCGGUGGUACAAACUUCUACAUCCAGACUCUUGUUAGCCCAUUCCUCUUCGAUGAUAUGACACAGGAUAUUGAGGGCUGCACUUUUAGUGAACAUCUAGAUGAGAUAGGCCUUGAUAAUGAUGAUGAAGCCAGUCUGUAUGAGCAUUUGAAGAUCAUCGAUCCUGUUGCAGCCCAAAGGAUCCACCCGAACAACCAUCGAAAAAUAAAACGGUACCUUGAGUUGUAUGAAUCCACAGGCGCCCUACCUAGUGAUCUUUUCCAAGGGGAAGCCACAGAGAGGUGGGGUCGACCUAGUAACUCCAGAUUUGACUGUUGUUUCUUGUGGGUAGAUGCUGAUCUUCAAGUUCUGGAUCGUUAUGUAAGUGAAAGGGUCAACUGCAUGAUUGAUGAUGGCUUGCUAGAUGAAGUGUGCAACAUAUAUGAUCGAGAGGCCACUUAUACCCAAGGGCUGCGGCAGGCCAUUGGUGUUCGUGAAUUUGAUGAGCUCUUCAGAUUUUAUCUUACAAGAAAAGAUACCGGUGAGAUAAAGAUGGAUUCAUGUACAACUAUGGCAGGUAUCCAUGAUGAUAAUCUGAAGAGCUUAUUGGACGAAGCAGUCUCACAGCUAAAAGCAAACACGCGUAAACUUGUUCGACGUCAAAGACGAAGGCUACAUCGGUUGAAUAAAGAUUUUGAGUGGAAUUUGCAUCAUGUUGAUGCAACAGAAGCUUUCAAUAGUGCCACUGCUGACUCAUGGAACAAGAAAGUUGUGAAACCUUGCGUGGAUAUUGUUAGAGGUUUUUUGUCUAAUGAUACAACUUUGGCAAGCAGUGAUCGUUCUAAUGUAACUGGAAGCUCUAAGAUGUCUUCAAGAGAGUUGUGGAUUCAGUACGUUUGUGAGGCUUGCGAUAACCGGGUCCUUCGUGGGGCGCAUGAGUGGGAGCAGCACAGGCAAGGCCGAUGCCACCGGAAAAGAGUACAACGGUUGAAACAGAAGACUAGAGGAGAACACUGAUAUCAUUAUAACCAUAUGGCACCGUUUGCACUUUAUAUCUGUAACUGUUCCCAUGCAUCCUGUUUGUGUAAACUGAGUCAAAUUGGCUGAAGACUACACCGUUCAGAAGGUGGUAAGAGGCAUAUACAGACAUACAGUACUUGCUAGAUUCUUGUGCCAGUUCCAAAUUACCAAUGUAGAGAACCGGUGUAAAGAACACGAACUCCUGCACUGAUGACUAGUUGGAGUUUGUCGUAUGUGCUGAUCAUUUCUAGACUAGUUUUUCCACUAUGGACACAGGAAACACUGCAAAUUGGGUAGGCGACCGGUCUUUGUAUCUAAGUGAUGUUAGUGAUUAGCAUGACAUUGACCCAUCGAAUACUGCAUGUCUUAGUCUUCCAGACUGCAUGAUUUUUCCUUUUUGUAUGACUGGAGUAGGGCCAUGCUUAGGUACAAACAUUAAUGCAUAAAUUCCUGGGCGUGAUGAAACUGCA